CAGUACUACGAAAUUGUCUUCAACAUGUGAUGAAAAUUCAUCAAUACUCAAUAGUACCUGUCAGACAGCUAACAAAUAUAUUACGGAGUAUAUAAAUAAGAGUAAAUUCAGUUGCGUACUUGAACUCGUGUGUGGCAGGCAGGCAGGCAGGCAAUUGGGAGCAUCUUCAGAAAUUCCUUGUAUAUUUCUCUAAUAGCUUAACAGUAAAGCAAACAUGGGUAAGAAACUGGAUGCUCUGCUCGGAAGAAACCUCAAGACAUCAAAAUUCAAGCCACUGGCAAAGCUUGCCAUCUCCCGGGUUGCCAUACUCAAGAAUCAGCGCCAUGUCCGGUACUCCCAGGCACAGUCUGAUGUUAUCCAGCUCCUCAACCUUGGUCACCAAGAACGUGCCCUCCAUCGUGUUGAAUAUGUGAUCAAGGAGCAGAACAUGUUGGACGUUUUUGUUAUGAUAGAAAACUACUGUCAUCUGCUGAUAGAGAGGGUUGAGCUCAUUCAAAACAACAGGGAAUGCCCUGAUGAGCUCAAAGAGGCUAUAUCAAGCUUGAUAUUUGCAGCUUCAAGAUGUGGUGAAUUCCCAGAGCUCCAACAGAUCCGUGAGAUUUCCACAUCAAGAUUUGGGAAAGAAUUUACUGCUCAGGCUGUUGAAUUAAGAAACAACUGUAGAGUAAAUCCUAAGAUGAUACAGAUGCUUGCAACUCGACAAGAAAGCUUGGGAAGCAGAAAAAACGUGCUAAAGAAAAACGUGCUAAAGAAAAUUGCUUCUGAUAAUGGAAUCAUUCUCUAUCUUGAAGAUGACACUUCUAUGGAGGAGAAACAGGAUGUCAACCAGGAAAAGCAACAUCCUGAGCUUGGAGUUGAUGCCCAACAUUUGCCUGAAGAGAUGAAACGGGGCGAGGAAUUAUCUGACUCGAUGAAAGCAAGAAAGAAGUACAGGGAUGUAGCUGCUGCAGCUCAUGAGGCUUUUGAAUCGGCAGCUUAUGCAGCAGCAGCUGCAAGAGCUGCUGUGGAACUAUCUCGAGCUGAGUCAUGGGAUGAGCAUCCCGAUGAUCAUUCCAGUUCCAAACAUCAACAAGGAAAAUUAUUUGAUCCUAGUCGGUCAUCAAAAUCAAAUUUUCAACUUGACAUGGAUACAGCUUCAGAAGAUGUCAAGCACUCAGAAAGAGGAUUGGGUUUUAACAAGAUCCAUCCCGUUGACAGCUUCAGCUCUGAAUCAGAGAGUGAAGAAAUGGAAGAAAAAAGCUAUAGAAAUCAUCUCAAAGAGUUAGAAAGGAGCAAAAAGAAAGCAGUACUAGAGAAGACUUUGUCUGCUUCAAGUCUGAGUUCAGACGAGAAUGAUUGGAGUAACAGAAAGAAGUCUUUGAUACAUGACAUGGAUGAGCCACUGAGCAAGGAAAUAGCGUUUGAUGAAAGUGAUGAUGAUGAGGUUGGGGAGAAUCAGGACAAGAUAGCAUGGUUGAAUCUCUACGACUGGGGUUCUGAUAAAAAGUCUAACUCGCCUAUAAAUGAAUUCCCAAACGCCAGACAGCAUAAUGCAGUUAAAGAAGAAACCAUCUCAUAUAAGAAGGGAUAUAUGCUUCACAGCCAAUCUCCAAAAUGGAUGCCACUAAAAUCUCAAGCUGAUAAUGCAGUUGCAGAAGAAAACGUUUCAAAUAAGAAGACAUAUAUGCUUCACAGCCAAUCUCCAAAAUGGAUUUCACUAAAAUCUCAAGCUGAUCCCAUGAUAUAUUCAGUGGAGGGAAGAUCUAAUUUGGGAAGUAAACAUCACUUGAAUGCUGAAAAGCAUUUGUAUUUACAGCAACCAGGCAGGCACACGAAACCAGUUUCAAUGAGGACUAGAUAAUCAUACAGAGAUUGGAGUACAUGAGAGUUUUGUUUAUUUAUUUAUUGAUUUAUUUAUUUAGUUGGUAUUCAUGAGUAUUAUUAAGAGAUGUACAGUUGAAUAAAGCUUCUGAGGAUAUGCAUUGGAGAAUGA